GUCCGAUUCGGCCGCCGGGUGGGGUCCGGUCCGGCCGCCGCGGUGUCUGCUCUGGCCUGCCGCCGUGGUGCCUGGCCCUGAGCGCGCGCGAGCAAUGGCGAUUCGAGGGGUCGAGUGGUCGCGGUUCUCGGUGAGCGGCGAGCUGUGCCUCCGCGAGCCGCGCUACUUCUGCUUCCUCCUGAGUUGAAUGAGCUCGGGCCGGCUGCCUUCCUCGGUUUCUCCGUGCUCGCUGGGAUCGGGUCUGGAGCGGUGAGCUGCGCUGCUGGGUUGGCGCUUCUCUCCUGUUCACCGGGGAGGAGGAUUUGGAUCGGUGGUGAGCGGGCGCUCGCCCCUGCCCGGCUUGGAGGUUCGUUGGAGUGGCUGGGAUUUGGGGCGCGCUGAGCGGAGGGGCAAUAACAGGUUGGACGAAGCAGCGGCGGAGGAUGGAGGAGCUGUUCCGGGCGCACAGGGAGAAGUCAGGCGUUGCUGCUGGGAGCGCGGCGCAGCUCUGAGCAGCGGCUGCUUCGUGUCCCCGCCGCAUCACAUCACGGCGGAGCUGGGUGUUCUUGGCGUCGGUCGCAUCCCUGGAUGGAGAGAAAGCUCUCCAUGUCCGAGAUGCCGCAGUCCCUCCCGGAAAACGAUGGGGAACAAAGGUGUCUGAACUCGGAGCUAUGGCAUGCAUGCGCUGGGCCCCUUGUGUCUCUGCCCGCGGUUGGAAGCCGGGUCAUCUAUUUUCCACAGGGCCAUAGUGAGCAGGUUGCCGCAUCAACUAAUAAGGAGGUUGAUGCUCAAAUCCCUAAUUAUCCAAAUCUCCCCCCUCAGUUGAUCUGCCAGCUUCAUAAUGUCACCAUGCAUGCCGAUGCAGAGACUGAUGAAGUUUAUGCCCAAAUGACACUGCAGCCCUUGAGCCCGGAAGAGCAAAAGGAGCCUUUUCUUCCAAUCGAGUUAGGUGCUGCUAGCAAGCAGCCGACUAAUUACUUCUGCAAGACUUUGACUGCAAGUGAUACAAGUACACAUGGCGGAUUUUCUGUUCCUCGCCGUUCUGCUGAGAAAGUCUUCCCUCCAUUGGAUUUUUCUCUGCAGCCUCCAUGCCAGGAGCUCAUUGCAAAAGAUCUGCAUGAUAAUGAAUGGAAAUUUCGCCACAUAUUCCGUGGUCAGCCGAAAAGGCAUCUCCUGACUACAGGUUGGAGUGUCUUUGUAAGUGCAAAGCGACUAGUAGCAGGGGAUUCUGUUAUUUUCAUCUGGAAUGAUAAUAACCAACUUCUCUUGGGGAUUCGUCAUGCAAAUCGUCCUCAGACAAUUAUGCCGUCUUCUGUGCUGUCAAGCGACAGCAUGCAUAUAGGCCUUCUUGCAGCAGCAGCUCAUGCUGCGGCCACAAACAGCCGUUUUACUAUUUUCUAUAACCCCCGGGCUAGCCCUUCUGAGUUCAUCAUCCCACUGGCUAAGUAUGUCAAAUCUGUUUACCACACACGUGUGUCUGUUGGAAUGCGGUUUAGAAUGCUUUUUGAGACAGAGGAGUCAAGUGUCAGACGAUACAUGGGUACAAUCACAACCAUAAGUGAUCUUGACUCUGUGCGUUGGCCAAAUUCACAUUGGCGUUCUGUGAAGGUUGGUUGGGACGAGUCUACCGCUGGUGAGAAACAACCUAGAGUGUCACUCUGGGAGAUUGAGCCAUUGACAACCUUUCCUAUGUAUCCAACUGCUUUUCCUUUAAGGCUGAAGCGUCCAUGGGCUUCAGGGCUGCCUUCUAUGCAUGGCAUGUUCAAUGGUGUCAAGAAUGAUGAUUUUGCUCGUUAUUCUUCUCUCAUGUGGCUCGGAGAUGGGGAUAGAGGGGCUCAGUCGUUGAACUUCCAGGGAGUUGGAGCGUCACCUUGGCUUCAGCCAAGAAUAGAUUCUCCGUUGCUGGGUCUUAAGCCAGACACAUACCAGCAAAUGGCUGCAGCAGCACUGGAAGAAAUUAGGACCGGGGAUCCUUCGAAACAGUCCUCAGCUCUCUUGCAAUUCCAACAGACUCAGAAUCCGAACGGUGGGUUGAAUUCUGUGUAUGCCAAUCAUGUUCUGCAGCAGAUGCAGUACCAGGCUCAGCAGUCGUCUCUGCAGACUGUUCAGCACGGCCAUUGUCAGUACAGUGGUAAUCCUGGGUUUCUUCAAAGCCAGUUUGAGCAGCUGCAUUUGCAUAAUCCUCCGGCACCGCCGCAGCAAGGGUAUCAGGUUAUACAACAAUCUCACCAGGAGAUGCAACAGCAGCUUUCAUCUGGUUGUCGUCGUAUUUCCGAUGUAGAUUCUAGCAUGCCUGGUUCUGAGUCUGCUUCGCAGUCACAAUCUUCAUUCUACCAGCAGAAUCUCUUAGAAGGAAACAAUGAUCCAUCGUUGCAUCUGCACAAUGGUUUUCGUAACUUCUCUAGCCAAGAUUCCUCAAACCUUGUUAGUUUGCCUCGAACUGACCAAUUAAUGGCGCCGGAGGGAUGGCCUUCAAAGAGGUUGGCUGUGGAACCCCUUGGUCAUAUUGAAUCUCGGUCUAUGCAACCCAAACAUGAGAACAUAAAUCACCAGAGUAAUAUGUCCCACUUUGCUGGCACCUUGGCGCCACAGUCAGCAAGAGACUCAUCCAGUGUCCAGGCUUAUGGUGCAAAUGCUGACAACCAGUUUCUGUCAUCAACAUUUGCAUUCCAGGACGGAAUGGCAGGUGCAAGGGGUGGCAGCAGCAGCAGAACUGUUUCUAUGGCCAUACCUUUGUUGAGGUAUAGUGGCGAAGAUUUGCCACCCGCGGACACCUUAGCAACUUCCAGUUGUUUAGGCGAAUCGGGAACCUUCAACUCUCUUGAUAAUAUGUGUGGUGUAAACCCAUCACAAGAUGGAACCUUUGUGAAGGUUUACAAAUCAGGGUCCCCUGGAAGAUCGCUCGACAUCACCAAAUUCAGCAGCUACUACGAGUUACGUAGUGAGCUGGAGCAUCUAUUUGGCCUCGAAGGCCAACUGGAGGACCCCGUAAGAUCAGGCUGGCAGCUUGUAUUCGUCGACCGAGAAAAUGAUAUUCUUCUCGUCGGCGACGACCCAUGGCAGGAGUUUGUGAAUAGCGUAGGGUGCAUCAAGAUACUCUCGCAGCAGGAGGUGCAGCAGAUGGUCCGCGGCGGCGAGGGCCUUGUGUCUUCUGCACCUGGAGCGAGGAUGGCGCAGGGCAACGUCUGCGACGGUUAUUCUGGGGGCCACGACCUGCAGAAUCUCACCGGCAACAUGGCCUCCGUACCGCCGCUGGACUACUGAAACGGAGAAGACCGGAGUCCAGAACUAAAACCCAGCACCCCAGGACCGCAGCAUCACGUUAUCGCGACGUGUUCGGUUCACCAAACCCUAGCUAGUCCGCUCCUCGCCAUGAACUUUUAUUAGUCAAUAAUAUAGUUAGACGGUCUACCAACAUCAUUCCGGUCAUGGAUGUGUUGUAUGAUCGCUGCUUCGGCUCUAUGAUAGCCCAGUCCCGGAAUGGCAGACAAGAACCGCUCUUAUGAAUGUGAGGCAGUAUGGUACCGUGGAAGUGACCACCUUAUUAUGUAGCAAUAUGUAUGACCUAAAACCGAGUAUUCCGACUGGAGACCUAGAACUGAUUAUCCCGGCUGGAGCCUCGACUUUUCGCCGUGAACAAAGUGUGGUUGAUCCGCCGUGUUGGGAGUCAAAGAUUAUGUUCUGUUUGUGA